CUACACAUCAUAGUAAGAGAGAUCUAUCACACAAGAAGAAAAUGAGCGACACAAAUCUCACAUGACUACCUAGAUGCUCAAUCAUUCACUCCAACUUCCGAAUUUCCAUGCAUGGAAAUUGUGAGCAAUGAGUAAUCAAUCCAAAACAUCCAUUAGCUUGAUAACAUAUGAGAACUGAAUGUUUACACAACCCUAAUGCAUAUCUCAGUCAUCAUCAUAGGUUGUUAUGAAUCACAAACAAGUCAUCCAUACAUCAAUGAAAAUAGCCACAUGAUUCAAAAAAAAUCACCAAAAGUGCCACUAUGAUCAUACAAAUGUAAAAGUUGUUAUGCUUGGAGCCCUAAAAUUUUAACAUUUGGGCAUAAAACUAGGCUUCAAGCACUCAAAAUCACACCAAUUAUUCACACACAAGCAUUAUAGACUACCCCCACACUUAAACUCGACAUUGCCCUUAAUGGCAUAAAAUAAGGAGGUAGAAUGAUGUUACCGGAUAAAGUGUGAAUGUUGGUGAUCGGGAGUGAAGGGCGGGUGAGAUCCUGAAGAGCACGGCGAUGGCCUAAAUACCCAAAAGUUCCCUAAACAUUGUCUUAUGGAAAGAAAAGAAAACAAAUUGAUGGCGGUUGGGUUGCCUCCCACCAAGCGCUUCUUUAACGUCGUGAGCCGGAUGGUUGCUCCUCAAGUUUGGGUCCAUCCAAGAACCUACUUGAAGUUGAGAUUCUCGUCGGUGAGUUAAUGUCUCAAGUCACGAGCAUUGGAAGAAUCCAUGAUUGAGAGCUUGUAAACUUGAGCAGUCUUGAGGCUCCACCCACGAGACCUAUUCUUCUUUCCUUAUUCAUUCUUCUCUUUGCCCCACACCAUAUAAUGCAUCAUCGAUUUGCCACCAUCGCAUCGACCAAAAGAGGUCGCUGAUGGUUUGGUCUUGGCUUGGAAAAAGAGCCGCAAAUGGGUCGUUCUCUAAAAGUGCAUUGAGCUCGGGUGGAAAGCUUUGCUAGCACUUGUAACUUGUUGAAGCUUCAUCCACCAUGACCUCUUCCUCAUGUUGGACACCAUUUUCUUCUUCAACUUAAACCUCAACCUCCCUUUCUUCUUCCUCAAUGUGUUCCUCCCCUUGGGAACAACCAAGAUUUUCCUCUUCUUUGACGCUAACUUCCUCCUCCACAACCUUUUCUUUCUCCUUCCCAUUCAUGUCUUCAAGACAGUUUGGAGGGCAAGAUGCCAUGCAAGAUCAUAGAAAGGAUUCUCUUACUCCUCUACUCUCUUAACUUGAUCUUCGAAGUUGUUCUCGGAAAGGUGAUAAAUGCAACAUUUUUGGUCAUCCUCACCACGGAGCUGUCCGAGGUGAGUUUUUCUUGCUCUACACGAUUGUCAUUGAUCACCCUUUCAACCUCCUCUUUCUCUUCCAAUGAUGAGAGGUGAUAGCUUUCACAAGCACGUGCCACCUUCUCUUCUAAUGUCAAACCUAGAGGAGGGAGGAGUUGGAAAUCCUUGUUGGAGCAUGCUCUUUCAAAAUGUUUCUUGGCAAGCUCAAUUUGGACUUCUCUUUGGGUUUUGGGAGAUCCAAGUUCGAGCACUCUUCAUUGGUCCCUCGAGCAAAUCGCUCCACCAUGAGCUCCAAUUUGAUUUUUGGCUCUGGUUGCGGAGUGGCAGAUGCUCUUGAGGAAUGCCCCAUGAAGGCCUCCAUUGCCAACUCCAACUUGGAUUUCUCCUUGGUUUGUGGAGGGAAGUUCUCUUUGUAUGGGGAAGCUUCUUGAUAUCCCCAUUGAUAUGCUUGUUCUUCUUGGAAGGGGAAUAGGUAAUAGAACUCGAAUCCUUGACUUCCACCAUUUUGAUCGUCCCAUGAAGCUCUGAGGUAACCACUCUCGGGUGGUGGUGGAUACCCCCACACUUGGGGUUAAAUCAUAAGGAUCCAUGAUUCAACCUACACAAACAAACAAAAAACAAAAAGAAAAUCAUACAAACACAAACCACCCUUCAAAUCGAAGAGUGGGUCAACAAAACACAAAUGAAACACGAAACACAAAAAAAAAACGGCCAAAGUAACGACCUAAGCCUUUUUCUGAUAAACUAGAAUGUGUUCCCCGGAGUACAACAACGGGGAGUGAGAAAAACCCUAGGAGCACAAAAUAUUUAAAAUUAAAAAUGACAAAAUAAUGCAAAAUAUUGUAUAUGCAUGCAUAAUCGGACGGGUUCCAUUGGAUAGUAAGAAACUCAUACCCAUCUAUUAUUCGUAAUAUUAUAUUUCUAAUUUUAACCAUACUAUCAAAUAAUUUAUUUAGUUCGAAUUUUACCGCGAUGAUUUUGAAUUUGAACAGAUAUCCUAACACUAAUAUAAAGAGGUUCUCUAUGAAAAUAUGUUUAAUUCUAAAUUUCGAACUUUAUGAGUAAAUUUAGGAAGGACAUUUUAGACAAUUUAAUUAAUAUAAACCUGAACUCUAUUAAAAACCCGAGAUUAUGUUAAUUAUACUAAUGGAGAAAGAUUCCGCAGGAAACAUGUUAAAACUAAUAAUAAUAAUUAUUAUUAUUAUUAUUAUUAUUAGUAGUAGGAAAGAUGGUUACGUUUGAGACAUUCUUAUCAGGUUUAGUUUGUUUAUUUUAUUUCCUUUAAGUGUUUGUGACAAAUUCUUAUAUGUCUGAAUUAACUAAAUAAUUAAUUUUUAAUAACAUAAAUCAAAUCAUUUUCAUAUAUAAAUUUCGAUUGGAGGGUUGCCAUAAAACAUAUACAAAAUAAAAUAAUUCAACGCCAUAAUAGGAAUUGAUCAGAGGAGGUUUAUGAAUAUAAUUAUAAGUGAUUGUUUAAUUAAUUAUAAGUUAAUUCCUCAAUUCUUUUUACAAGAUUGGUUUUUUCUUAGACCGAUGAAAUGUAUAUUACAAUCCCUAUUUAGAGACUAAAAGUUCAAAGUUUAAAAUGAGUAGUUAGAUAAUUUAUUUCAUAUGUUCUUUUUCCGAAAAAUGAAAAACAAUUAAGAGAUCAUAGUCAUCAUACCGCCUUAGACCUAGGUUUUUUCUAUAUAGUUUUUUUUUACCAUAUGAAGAACUGCAAACUCCUUUUUCUUUCAUUAUUGAUAACUUUGUUUGGUUUGAUAAAAUAUUAGUGGAAAUUUUAAAUUAGUGCGAUGAUAAUUCUUAUAAUAAAUUCUUUUGGCACUGGCAUAUUACUUUGUUUUUCUAUACCUAUUUCAGUAUUAUUUCGAUUUUUAUGUUAAUUCAUAUAGUUAUUAAGUACUAUAUUUAUUGAUUCUAUGGCUCAAAAAAAUAUUCACUUUGGAGAAUCAUCAAAUUGACAAAACAGUGCUCCAAACUCCAAUACGACCUUCAAACAAUUCAGUAAAAGGAAUGCAAUUUUGGUGCAUAACCUCCUUUAGUUACAAUUGGCACAAAUCCCGGGCUAUAAUUAGGAGAUAUCUAAAUGUUCACAAAUUCAGCAAAUUAUAUCUCAUUCGUAUCAACUCUGAUUUCAAAAGAAUUUGGGUUAGAAAAUAUAUUAAUUGAAACAUGCCAAAGAAAAGUUGAAGAAGACUACGAUGAGUAAUUUUAUAAGAAUUAUACAACAACAUCAAAACCAAUAUUAGUUAGGUAAACAAUUUAUCUUUACUCUUUUGUUGUUUUAAACUUCGUUCAUUCAUUCGAGAGAAAACAAAGUACCCACAAAAACAAAAAGUUUUCGACUAAAUAGUGUAUCCCAAU